UCGUAUUCAUAUUUCGUUACAGUUUAAAUAAAUAUGAUUUUUAUAACUAUUUUAUCAAUUUUAUUAUUUAAUUCGAAAACGGUGAAAUCUGUUGACAAUGAACGACAUUGUAAUUUUUCUAGAUACAUGUUGAAUUAUUUUAAACUUAAUGAGCAUUAUUUGCUUCAAAUGUAUUCAAAUUCUGAAAUGUAUACCGAAGAAGAUUUAAAGAAAUAUGGGCAAGCUAUUCAAACUCAUGGCGAUGUUGUAUUAUUGAUGAUUCAAGAACUACAUAAAAUUAAUGAAAAUAAUGUUAUAUUUGACUUGAUGUCGGUAAAUUUAUAUUUAAACAAUAACUCUGGUUCGGUAAAUUUAAUGUAUAAAUAUCAGACGGCUAAUAAUGUUGAUAACAACAAAGUUUUUCUUGGUAUACAAGGAUUAAAAUUACAAAAUAAUUCUAUGAUUACAAUAAUAGAACGUUUUAUUGAGAUGCAUUGUUUAAAUAAACCAAUAUCAGCAUUUGUCGAAUAUCCUAAUGAAUACAUAUCUCAUCAAUUAAAUAUUGAUGCGUUAGACAUAGAUAUAAAAGAUUUAAGAGAAAAAAUAAUUAAGGAAAUAAAUCCAGAAAUAGUUGAAGAAAACAAUUUAACAAGGUUCCACCCUAGAAAUAUGUUAUUUUAUGAUAUAAUGUUAAACCAGUCAGACAAAAAUGUUACAACAGGUACUGAAUCGAGACAACAUCAAGAAUUUGUUAAUUUUCAACAAAAAAACAUUUUAGACCUUCUUCGAUUUGUUCCUCUUAAUUUACAGUGUGCUGACAAAUCUGACCUGACUAUAAAUGAUGUGUUUCGUUAUGUGAAUUAUCAAUAUAUGUAUGUUGAUGUAAGAGCAUUCCAAACGCUUAUGCUUGCUGCUGCUUUUCAUCCUGUUGGAAUGCUUAUAGCUAAUUACAUACAAUUUGUAUCUGCAAUUAUUCAAGUUGGACCAAACCCCAUAAAUUACCAAAAAACUGACAAACUACGUGUACAUCAUUUAGGUAAAAGAAUUAAAAAUUUACUACAACAGUUUAUUGAUUUAAAUAUUUUUAUUGGAAUCGCGUAUAAUUUUCUUGUGUCUAUUAUGAAUAAAUUUUAUGUAAUUUUAUCUUGGGUUCAAGGCAUACCACUUAAAGUAGUAAAUUUACCAAAUAUAAUCUUGACAAAAUUAAAAGAAUUCAUGGAUAGAAAUUUAUUAAAGUUUAAUGUAGAAUCAGAAACAAUCGCUAUAGAUCAAAAUGUAAUACACAUACAUGACAAAAUAUUAAUAGUUGAAUUAUAUCAUCAAGAACUCAUAAAACAUACAAAUUUAUUUAAAUUGAUUUAUACUACAAAAAAUUUAGAAAGAAUUUGCGUUAAGAACUACAAAUGGUUCUUACUACCAAUUUUAAUUGAUUAUUUAUGCACAGAUAACCCUAUAGAUUAUUGUAACAGUGAUAACGAUAAAUGCAUUAUUAACGAUAGCAGUAGUGAAAUUAAUAUCUACGACCUCGGAAAUAAUGAUGGUUUGGAAGAAUUCAAAACUGAAAAUAUUGAACAUUUCAAAAAAGAUGUUUUUAAAAACAAAAAAAAUAAAAGUAUGAAUCCAUUAAUUGACAUGAAGGAUGUUCCUAGACACAUGAUGGAUUAUUUCAUUUGUCGUAAAUAGGAAAUUAUAUUUUUAUAAUAAUAAAGGAUUAGUAUACUAGUGA